UAACGGUGCAUGAGAAGUUAUUGCAGCCAGACAAUAGCGCCAGUCCGUAUUACACACACGCACACGCGCGCACACGUGCACGCACACACAGGAUCCAAGCUGGGGUGUUCCACCAUGGAGGAUUUGGGAGUGCCUGAGCCACUUAACUACCCUCUCAGUCCUCGUAUUGUUGUCUUUGACGCCCUCCUCGCUGAUUUGGAGAACACCGGCUCCCCUCUCGCCCGUUGCCCGGUCCUCCUAACAUCAGAUCCGCCAAUACACGCCGAUCCGGCCGAGCAGGACCCUGCCGAGGCCCGGCCGCCGCCACCCGCCUACACCCCGCAGCAGACAGUUUCCGCCGCCAUGAAGACCUCCCAAAAUUCCAACCCAGACAAACUGUACAGCACAGUGUGUAAAUCCCGCUCUCCCCGCUCAGCUGAUCCUCCUCCUCCCCCUCCUCCUCCAGCCUUCUCCUCCUCAUCACUACUCGGAGGAGGUCUGAGUGAACUGGACCAUCUGCUGCAGGAGCUGAACGCCACGCAGUUCAACAUCACAGAUGAGAUCCUGGCCCAGUUUCCCACUUCUAAAGAUGACAAAAUAAAAGAUAAGGACUACACCGUUUCCAACUCCGCAAAACCUUCAGCGACAUCCGCCACGCUGGAGUUGGACAAACUCAUGGCGUCUCUCUCCGACUUCCGUGUUCAAAGCACACCGGCUGUGGCUGUCAGUCCGGUGAUUACGACAACAACAGCAACAACGGCAGCAAUAACACCGCAGCAGCAGCAGCCGGUCUCUCCACGAGCUUCAUCGGGCGGCUCGUUGGACAGCAUGCUGGGGCUCCUCCAAUCGGACUUGAGCCGACAAGGGGUUCAAACAUCCUCCAAAGGAAACUGUUCAGCCUGUCAGAAACCGGUCGUGGGACAGGUGGUGACGGCCCUGGGCAAGGUGUGGCACCCCGAGCACUUUGUGUGCACAGAAUGCGAAACAGAGUUGGGCAGCCGCAACUUCUUCGAGAAGGACGGGCGGCCGUACUGCGAGUCCGACUACUUCGCGCUCUUUUCCCCUCACUGCGCGCACUGCAACAAGCCCAUACUAAAUAAAAUGGUGACGGCCUUGGACAAGAACUGGCACCCCGAGUGUUUCUGCUGCGUCAAGUGCGGCCGCACGUUUGGCGAGGAAGGCUUCCACGACCGCGAGGGCCAGCAGUACUGCCAGCAGUGCUUCCUGACUUUGUUCGCCUCUCGCUGUCAGGGCUGCAGCCAGCCCAUCCUGGAAAACUACAUCUCAGCCCUCAACUCUCUGUGGCACCCACAGUGUUUCGUAUGCAGGGAGUGUUACAGCCCCUUCGUCAACGGCAGCUUCUUCGAGCACGAGGGCAAGCCGCUGUGCGAGGCCCACUACCAUCAGUCGCGGGGCAGCGUGUGCCAGGCGUGCCAGCAGCCCAUCCUGGGUCGCUGCGUCACCGCCAUGGGGGCCAAGUUCCACCCCCACCACCUGGUGUGCCACUUCUGCCUGAAGCCGUUGAGCAAAGGCUGCUUCAAGGAGCAGGAGAACAAGCCCUACUGCCACCCGUGCUUCAUCAAGCUCUUCGGCUGAGGAUACGGACGACCUCCUCCUCCUCCCUUGUUGUUUUAUUUGUAUUUUUUUAUUUCAUACUACGGCAAUGAGGGUGGAGCUGGUCUCUUUCUUGUUUUUUUUUUUAAAAGGGUACAGUGAACCCCUGCUAAUCACAUGGGAUCGGGAACGAGCCUCGAUUGAAUGACAUCCCCCAAAAGGGUUGAUAAUUUCCCAUGAAUGCCAUAAAAUGGUGGCAAAACACGAAGCUCCGCAAUUCACUUCAACAUUGUUCCAUGGCACCAAGAUGCCAUCAAAGCACUACAUGAAGGUCCUCAUCUUGCUUCAACAUCGUUCUUUGGCAACAAGAGGGCGCCAAUGCACUACAUGAAGUGCCUCAAUUCACUUCAACCUAGUUCCUUGUCACCAAGAUGCCACAAGAUGGCAGCCGUGCACUACAUAAAGAUCCUCAACUCGCUUCAACGUCAUUUCUUGGCAUCAAGAGGCCAAAAGGUGACGCCAGAGCAAUACUUUUAUAUUUGACAGUGCUUUGGCCCAACCACAAAAAAGUCUGUAAA